AUGAAGAAACAAACAUUAAGUCUUAAUGAAUGUAAGACAUAUUUUAAUAACAAGUUAAAGAAAUAUAGUGGUAGAUGCAUUAACUUUAUGAUAUCAGGAGGUUCUAUUUGUAAUGUUCUUUCAAAUCUUUUAGAAUUAAAAGAAAACAAAAUUGAUUCAAGUAAAUGGAAUAUUUAUUUUACUGAUGAGAGAAUUGAUAAAGAUAAUACUAACUUUAAAACUGCUUAUAACUUACUUUGUAAAAUAAAACCACAAAAAAUAAAUCAAAUGGCGAUGGAUUAUAAUAACCUAGAAGCUGAAAGACAAAGAUAUGAGGAUUUGAUUAAGAAUGUUAAUAUAGAUAUUGCUAUAAUGGGAAUUGGGUAUAAUGGACAUAUUUGUUCUAUAUGGCCAAAUGAUAAAAGUAUUGAAUCUGAUAAGUAUGUUCUUAAUGUUGAAGUUAAUGAUGAGUUUACGAGAAGACAAACUAUUACACCAAAAUUUAUCAAUGAAAAGAUAACAGAAUUGAUAUUUUUUAUACCUUUAAAAGAUGGGAAACGAAAGGAAUUUAGUGAACCUGAUAAGUCUAUAAAAGAUAAAUUGAAUAUUGAAUAUGAAAUUAUUUUACAAAAGUUAAAAUAA